AUGGUGAAUAUAUUUUCUGCCGUAGUUGUUAGGGCUCCAUUAUAAACUAAAACGCUCGUGCUUUACCCCUUCUUAUACUUCGUUAUACUGCCAUGUAAUUACUCUUGCAAGAGUAAUUACAAGAGCUCUUGUGCAACUUCCCGUUUUUUUGCGCUGCUACUAUAUAAUUCGAUAAUUUCUGUGGCAUUUCGUUUAUUUAUUGGUUUUAUUGAUUUUCUGCGCGCAGUAGUGGUCCAGUAAUUUCUGGCGGCAUUACUGGACUUGAUCUAGACUGCAGGCGUUAUCUUGUGAUGUUCUUUCUGCGAGCUUCCGUCUUGUCAUUGCGCAAUUAAUUAUAUUGUUUUAGGAAGACGAAGGUCUCGAUCGAACCCAGUCGGAUUCCGAAGACGGCCUGAACCGAUCCGGAAGAGAUGCAGAGAGGAGUUUCGAUAAAAGCGAUAAAUCCGAGAAAACGGGUGGCGAAGAUAAAUCCUCCGUUCAGGAGAAAGUUAAGACCGUGAGAAAAGAUGUUGAAAAUCUAAGUGAUCAUAAGGACAAGCAACCUGAUAUCCUUGAAAUACUGGAACAGAAAGAAGCCGAAAAAAUGCAAACGAGUAAAAGCAUUGAAGCUUUGGCAAGCAAGUCUGAAGAUGAACCAACUUCGGAUAAUAAGCGGCUGGUAACUAAUGAAUUGAUAAAGUAUCAAAUAAGAAAGGAUCCGAUGGUCGAACGUUCUUACAAUGAGGUUAUUGAUGAACUGAAAUCGAAGAUGAAAGAGUCGGGCACAUCUGGAGAACUGAAGAAAGAUUCCACCGAACAACGGACAAAAAAACAAAAGACACAAGAUCAGAAGGUAAAAGAUAAGAAGCCAGUAAAGGUAGAAGACAAAGGGAGCAACGAAGACAAGGAAAAGAAACGGCGACCUCCGUCAAAGGAGGAGGUGAACAAGGCUGAUGUCGAGUUAAAGAAGAGUAAAGUGAAGGCUGAUGGCAAGGAGAAGAAAGAAGUUGAUUUAAGUAAACGGAAGGUUCCAAUAAAGGAAUUAGAAGCCAGGAAAGGUGCCAAGGAACCAACAGAUCUGCCAGAAGAUAAGAAACGCAUAAGGGAAAGCUCGGAUGAAGAUAAGAAAGGGGAUGAAGAAGAGAGACGGAAGAAAAGAGGAAGGUCCAAGGAUAAAUCGUCGGGUAUAUUACGUAGAAUUGCAUUGUCAUAUAAGUGUUUGUUUUUUAGAUUCAAAAGAUGGCAAGACACAAACGAAGGUAAGGAGGGUUAUUUUCGACACAAAUUGUAUGAUUUUUGUAUAUUUUUAGCCAAAAACGGUGCGAAAGCAGCACGACGACCCCAAGAAUAAAGUGGUGGGUUAUAGUUAUGUAAUAACACUUAAUAAUAACUUGAAUUUUAGACCUCUUUAUAUCAGCAGCCAGCAACUGGGAAUUGUGUGGGCGCCGUCCGUCGAGAUGAAGAAGAAACUAAUGUCAGUCUCCGGUCAAGGCGUACCCCAAAGGCCAAAACAGCAAAAAGGUCGGUGGAAAAGGAGACGGUUAAGGAUACCUCGGGAAAAGUUGGCAGACGAUCCAUUUACAAUAAGGUUCAUUCCUUGUAUAAUCAAUUGGUUGGAAAGGAAGAUGUGAAGGAUCACAAAGAAAUUAAAGAAAGCAAGGAGAGAGGGUCAGCAGAGCCUGCGAAACAUAAGGAUCCAGUUGCAUAUCCAAUUGAGAGUAAGCCAUCAGUUCCCAAGGUUGUAGAAGGUGAACAAGAAGCAUUGGAAUUGUAUAAUAAAGUGCCCAGAUGCCGAGUUCCAUUGGAUAUUGCAAUCAAGAAAGAAUUCACAUUGUCUUUUCCUCCCGGACGCCCUGUAAGUUAUCGAUUUUUUAUGUUAUUCAUUGUGUUUUUAGAGAGAAGUUUGUGUUUACAAGACGAUGCAAGUAGUAAAUCUUCCGGAACAUCAUGAAGGCAGCGUUCAACCGGAAGAGGACGUAGAUCAGCUUGAUUUGGGCGACUGGAUAUGUUGCGUCAAUGACGUUGUCAUCAAAGAUAAGGCGCAUUAUUUCAGUGUUGUAAUGGAACUGGAGAAACAACCUUUUCCUAUGGAUGUAAGUGGGACAUUUGGGCCUAUAUUCCUCUCCCAGAAUAGAAAAUGUUUUUCUCUAGAAAAGAGAAUUGGUAAAAAGACUGUCGAUUUACACUUCACUACACUUUUUGACCAUAAAAAAGAAAAAUCACAAAAAGAUGAGAUUUUUAAAAAUCAGCACUGUCGAUUACAUUUAUUUUGAGCGUUUCCUCAAAAAGUUACUACCAAUACUAUUUUACAUUACUAUUGUUAGUUGAUUUUACUAGUAAAUUUACUUAUCAUUUUUACUAUGUUCCGUCCUUGUUUUUAUAAAAAUCUUCUUUCUGGGAAAAAUUUUUCUUUUUUUGGGAAAAAUGGCGUUUUUUCCGUAAUUGUCUUUUCUGGGGAAGAAUAAUUUUUAUUCUGGGAAAAAAUAUUUUAUUUGUUUUUAGAUAAAAUACACUGUGCUUCGAACGAUUCGAAAGAAGAUUAUCACCCAGGAACAGGCAGCCACCAUGGUGUCAACAGCAUUUGAAUUCACUCCGGGUUUCAUUUACCUCCUGGGAUUCUUGACAUUGUACCCGAUGAGUUCUCUUGGAAUCAACAUCAAAGCUUAUCAAGGUCGAGUUUACAUCUCCAGUACUGAUAAUGGCUUCAAGUCAUUGGGAAAGAGAACCUUCUUGGUGGGAGAUAUCAUCAUGAGUAUAGAUAACGUGGAAGUUUCCUCAGUCAAAGAUGCCAAGGAUUUGAUUAAGAAAGGAUUAAACAGCAAGGAAAGAUAUGUAUGUGAUUUGAUUUUUUUUUUUAUUUUUUCUUUUAGUGUAAGGUCGCCAUUGAACGUCCACAAAGUAGCAUCGCGUUGAGCCGAGUCAAACUGGCAUUAAUGGCUGACAAAACGGUUGAACAAGAUCCCCGUCUGAUGGAUGAUGUCAUCGCUAUUUGUGAUGUUGAGAAGGAUGUGAUUCUCCGAACCAAUCCUCAGGCUGGCCCCCCAAUCUACCAUCCAAGAGGAGAAAGAGAUACUUCCAAAGGAAUUUCACUUCAUUCUGAAGCCAAAGAGGUCCCCAUUCAGUGUGAUUCGGUGAAUCCAAAGCUCCUCCAACAUGCUCCUCCUCAACCAGGACCUCAGGCGAAGAAAAGGAAACGCCCACCUGGUCUGCCAAGACCUGUAUGAUCUCUUUUUUGAAUAAAUUUACAGUGUCAUUUUGCCUUAGAUUACCGAUUUAUUUUACAGAUCAGCGGGACGAUUUCCUGA